AUUUUUAACGAAGAGAGAGAAAACGAAAAAUAGAAAAUCAAUUUCGAAGAUUCUUCAAUGGCGUUCUCUGCAAUUACUCCGCGGUGCCCUUCUUUUCUUCUCUUGCCCAAAAAUCUACCUUCAUCUUAUAUUCCUCGGAACUCACUCUCUUUUCGCUUCCCAGAUUUGAAACUCAGCUCCCGGAAACGCCUUUCAAUUCGAGCAGUUUCUUCUCCUUCUGUUGCUCCAACAGCUGAGAGCAUCGCACCUGCGAUCCAGCUUACAGAUAAUGCAUUGAAGCACUUGAAUAAGAUGAGAUCCGAACGUAAUGAAGAUUUGUGCUUAAGAAUUGGAGUUAAGCAGGGUGGUUGCUCUGGCAUGUCUUACACAAUGGAGUUUGAGAAUAGAUCAAACGCUAGACCUGACGACUCGAUCAUCGAAUACAAUGGUUUCGUCAUUGUUUGUGACCCGAAGAGCCUUCUCUUUAUAUUUGGGAUGCAAUUGGACUAUAGCGAUGCUCUUAUUGGUGGAGGAUUCUCUUUCAAGAAUCCAAAUGCUACACAAACUUGUGGUUGUGGUAAAUCCUUUGCCGCAGAAAUGUAGGGAUACUCUUAUGUAUAUGAAACAACUUACAGCAAAAAUUAAUACAAUUACACUUGUAAUUAAUUUAUAAUGAUAUUGCUUCUUUUUCCAAAAGAAACUGACAUGCAUAUUUCAAUUUAAA